GGCGGAAAAGAACAUCUGCCUGUCACCACAGAGAUGAGUGAGACAUCGUCCAUUCACUCAGCAAAGCUGGUUUCAUUGGCCCGAUCAAUAUCCGGGCUCGGGCUUGAAGCCUCUAAUGGAGGCACUGUCAACUUCCCUGCAAACAACGACACCCCGCCUCCAGAGUCCGGCAUCGAACUCGGCCCUGGGCUUUAUUUUGCUGAUGGAAAAAGAAAAGUGGACUACGUCCUUUGCUACAAAUACAAAAAAAGGCGAGCAUCCAAGCCGCGCCUUUCCAUUGCAUCCAAUGGGAGUAUACCAAUGCCGAUACCAAUUAUAAGCCGAUUUGAUGUGGAGUCUGGGGAGGUAGGUCCGGCUGCAAUAGACCUGGAGGAGUCGAAGCUGACAGAGGAGGAAAAGGCCGUAAUGAGGGAGGAGUUUGAAACGAAUCUACUGGAAGCCGGACUGCAGAUUGAGCGUGACAAAGAGAGGUUAAACAGUCUUCGGUUUCUUCGGCUGCACAUCCCAUGGCCAAUACUCAGCCGAGAAGCAGAGCUUCAGAAAAUCAAAGUUGCUGUGAAAAAGAAGUUUGAAUUGCGGAAACCGACAGGCUUUGCCGGAGUCUGGGAUUCCAUUAUGACGACACUGAACACACCGUUUCAACCAGACGUCCCCGACUUUGACAUCCAGAGAGACACAAAAACCCUUAAAUACCCUUUCAUCAGAGACAAACUCCACCUGUACGACAUCAAGUCGACAGACACGGUGUUUGACAAUUCAACACGCAGCAGAAUAGUGGCUGAGAUUAUAUCACGCAUCACCUGCAGACAAACCUGCCAAACCACUGGCAUGAACUCAUUAUUGUCUCAGGGUGUCUAUGAAUCUGCCUUCCCUCUUCAUGAUGGGUCCUUCACAAGAAGAGGAAGAAAAGAUCAGCGUAAUGACAGACAGCUCCUACAUGAAGAAUGGGCUAACUAUGGAGUUAUGCAUAAAUAUCAGCCUGUGGACCAUAUCAGGAAGUACUUUGGAGAGCAGAUUGGGUUUUACUUUGCCUGGCUGGGUGUUUAUACUCAGCUCCUCAUCCCUCCCUCUGUACUUGGCAUCAUUGUCUUCCUGUACGGCCUCUUCACUGUGGAUGCCAAUGUGCCAAGCCAGGAGACAUGUGAUGACAACCUGAACAUAACCAUGUGUCCGCUGUGUGAUGGCGUCUGUGACUACUGGCAGCUGAGCACUGUUUGCUCUCUGUCCCGAGCAUCAUACCUGUUUGACAACGGAGCCACGACCCUCUUUGCAAUUUUUAUGUCCCUGUGGGCCGCCUGUUUCCUCGAGCACUGGAAGAGGCGAGAGAUGUGUCUGAAACAUACGUGGGAUCUGACCAGCUUGGAGGACGAGGAGGACCGGAAGCAGGAGGAGCUGAGGCCUGAAUAUGAAGAGGCUCUGAAGGAGAAAAAAGCUAAGAUGAAAGCAAUGUCCAAGAAGAAGAUGAGUCAAGCGGUGCCUGGUGUGGAUGGAGAAACGGAUCAGAUGCUGUCCUCCCAGCGAGAGCCGGAGUCUCUGGAUAUUGAGGAUCACCUGUCAGGUUUACUCAUCAAUGUGUCAACCUUACUACUACUGAUCUUCGUAACCUUCUCGGCUGUGGUCGGGGUGGCAGUUUACCGUAUCUGCAUGUUAACCGUGUGGUCCAUGAACCCCGAUCACGACGCCAAGGCCAGCGUGAGGAUGACUGUCACCACCACAGGCAUCAUCCUGAACAUGCUUAUUGUUUUGGUGCUGGAGGAGGUCUACGGAGCAAUCGCUGAGUGGCUGACCGAGCUGGAACUGCCAAAGACAAAGGAAGAGUUUCAAGAGAGGCUGAUCUUUAAGUCUUUCUUUCUCAAGUCCAUGAACGCCUUUGCACCUAUUUUCUACGUUGCCUUCUUUAAGGGCAGGUUUGCUGGGCGGCCUGGCGAUUAUGUUUACGUCUUUGGGGACUAUCGCAUGGAGGAGUGUGCUCCACCGGGCUGCCUCAUUGAGUUGUGCAUCCAGCUCAGCAUGAUCAUGCUCGGAAAGCAGCUCAUCCAGAACAAUGUGUUCGAAGUUCUCAUACCUAAGCUGAAAAAAAUGUACAGAACAAUACAGGAGAAUAAAGGAAAGAAAAGAGAAGCAGAUGAGGAUGAUGAAGAAGAGAAGAGACCAAAGCAACAAUUUGACAAAGAUAUCAUCCUUGAACCGUACGAAGGAGUGACCCCAGAGUACAUGGAAAUGAUGAUCCAGUACGGGUUUGUGUCUCUUUUCGUCGCCUCUUUCCCACUGGCGCCGGCAUUCGCUCUGCUCAACAACAUCAUCGAGAUCCGUCUCGAUGCUGCAAAAUUUGUCACUGAGAUCCAGCGGCCUGAUGCUGUGAGGUGUAAAGACAUAGGGGUUUGGUACAAAAUUCUCUGUGGAAUCAGCAAGUUCUCUGUCAUAACCAAUGCAUUUGUCAUCUCCUUCACAUCGGAGUUUGUCCCACGGAUGAUUUACCAGUACAUGUACAGUGUGAAUGGCACUAUGGAUGGAUACACCGAGCACUCACUGGCCUACUUUAAUGUCAGCAACUUUCCACCGGGCACUGCGCCACCCACCACCAUCUCCAUGUGCAGAUAUAAGGACUACAGAGACGCACCGUGGGAGGCAGACCCUUACAGCUUCUCUAAAGAGUACUGGUCCACGCUGGCAGCAAAACUUGUCUUUGUCAUUUUCUUCCAGAACCUCGCCAUGUUCCUCAGCAUGUUGGUUGCCUGGAUGGUCCCAGACGUACCACGAUCGCUGCGGGAUCAGUUGAAGAAAGAGAACAUGAUGCUGAUGGAGUUUUUGCUGAAUCAAGACCAAGAAGCAAGUGCCAAAUUUCUCUCUCCAAGACCAUCUGUAACCUGCGUCCCCACCAGCACCAUAGACAUUGUGGUGGAGGAACCACCAGAUGAACAGGAGGAGCAGGAGAAAGAGCAGGAGAAAGAGCAGGAGGAGGACGAGGAGGAGGAGGGAGAUGUUCUCAGUCUGGAUGUACUCAGAAGAACAAGUGAUGGUGAUCCGGAGGCUGAAAAGAUGUUCAAAGAUGUUGAAGACGAUGAACAGGAAGAACGAGGAGGUGAAGGAGAAGAAGAAGAAAAAGUUGAGGAGGUGGAGAGCGAACAAAAAGUGGAAGAGGGAGAACUAAAAGGAGAAGAAGGAAAGGCAGAUAUUGAGCAAGAGGGGGGAGAAGAAAAAGAAGAAGAGGAAGAAACAGAAAGAAAGGAGGAAGAAAAGGAAGUGGAAGUGGAGACGGCUGUGGACGAGCAUUUCAAUCUGGACGAUUUAAUGAUGGAACUGGGCCUGCUGGAUGAGGAACCAUCAUUGAGCGUCACUCUAAAUGCAGAAUUUCCUCGCUCAGGCUCCAAACAGGAAGUCCAGAAAGACCACGAGCCUCCAUCGAAUCCGUCAUCUCACGCGGGCUCGACCCAAAGUCUGAAGGGCUCAACGGCAGGACUAACAGAAUCGAGUGUUGACACGAGGCUCUUCUCGCUUAUUGCUCCUCCUCCUCCUCCCAGAGAGCCAGGCUCAAGGGCAAAGGCCCGCUGCUCCACCCUGCCUUCCCGCCACAGAGGGGCCGAGACUUGUUUCAGCCUGCCACGGCCCAGCCACUCCACCAGCCUCACCAGGUUCAAUCAGACAGCCACGCUCACCCCCCUCUUUCCUCUUGACUCCUCAUUAUCAGCCUCAUCCAACCCAUUUACUCCUCCACACACACCGGUAUCACCUUCAUCCACCAACCCCACCACGUCCCCUCCAGCCCAACGGCCCAAAGCCCCCAGUGAACUAUUUGCACUGAAAGGCCCUCCACCUCAGCAGCCUCGAUCCCGAGGCAAAGCUCGGUGUUCCACACUGCCUCCGCGACAAAGAGCCCCCGGUCCAGAGGAGCACUCCACCAAGCCUAGCCACUCCACCAGCUUUACAGAGCUGGGGGACCACGCCACCCAGUGACACUAAAGCGCAACAGGUUGGCGUAGGGAGAGCAGAAAGAGGAGGGAAAGGGACAGCGGGUGGCAGAGGGAGGGGGAGGACAAUCCAGAUUAGCCUCUCCUGUCUGUGCCUGGAGCCUCACCCCUCCGUCUGUCCUGCCUAUCUGCAUACAUAACACCUGGGGUCUGAGAAGAGACCAUCCAGACCAACAGAUUGUUUUUUUUAUCCUCCUAAUCUUUUCCAGAGUUGUUUAUACCACUCGUUGGUUUCGGGCUGAAUAAGACAAAUGGAGCGCUGAACAAUCUAAAGAAAGACUCCCCCUGCCGUGCCCCCCCCAAAAAGAAAACAUUACUGGAACUUGACUUUUCUUUAUUUUUUUUUUGGUUGCUGUUUUUUUCUUGUUUUGUGUGUUUGCUCACGAACCAGCACUUAGGCCACUGCUCCUCUGUUAUCUCAACUUCCACACAUGUAGCAGUGCUGCCUUGUAGAACCAGCGAAAGAUGAAAACAUGUACAGCAAGCUAGCAUCAACAAAAGUGCUUGUAGAGGUUUUGAUAUAUAAAAAAAUGUUAAAAUUAUCAAUAAAGAAGGACAUGUUUUUUA